AACCAAUAUAGUUUAAAUUUGAUGUUUAGAGUAAUAAAUUCAUGUAUUAAAAAGUGUUUUGGACUUGAAUAAAUAUUACAAUGAAACGUACAGCAGCAGCAGCCGAACGCAACAAGGAACCAAUUCUUGAAGUACUCAAAAAGUACAUUUCAAACACCGCAGGAUACUUCCUGGAAAUAUCCUCCGGCACCGGUCAACACAUUGCACAUUUUGCCCCAAACUUUCCCAAUGUAACAUUCCAACCUUCUGAGUACGAUAAAGAUAUGAUGUGCAGCAUACACGUAUGGGGUGAGGAAUGUCCCACAGAAAACGUCAAUCCUCCUUUGAACAUCGAUGUAACCCAACACUGGACCAAAUGGCCCCAUUCACCAAUGUUUAUUAAAAACAAUAUUGAUUACAUCUACAAUGCAAAUAUGAUACACAUCUCACCAAUAUCUUGUACAGAAGGUCUUUUUUCCAACUCAGGAGAGUUAUUAAAGCCCGAUGGUCUUUUGAUCACUUACGGGCCUUAUGGACAAAACGGGGUGAUUUCACCUGAAAGUAAUGUCAGGUUUGAUGAAGGCUUAAGGAUGCAGAAUCCUGAAUGGGGUGUGAGAGAUAUUGAUCUUUUGAAACAAAUGGCAGGGAGACAUGGCAUUUGUUUGUCGGAGAUUAUUGGGAUGCCUGCUAAUAAUAAAGUGCUGAUUUGGAAAAGGAAUAAUGGAAAGGAAUUGUGAAGAUAAUGUUGAUAAUAUAUUUUUAUACAUUGGAUGGGAUUUGGUUUCAUUUCUUGACUAGGAGGAGUUUUUUAUUUGUUGUGGAUUGUCUAGAAAAUUUUUGUUAAUUGUCUGAAAUUGUUCUUGAUGUCCUAAAAUCCACAUAGUCUUUCUAAAUAUUAAAAUUGCAUAGAACGAAGUUUGUCCACAAUAUAAUUUGUAAAGAAAGAAAUGAAAU